CAACGUGUCACGUGGUCACAUCUUUACGUUGUACACAGAAGUGACGCAAGCGCGGCGCUUCCAUCAGUACAUCAUCUUGUUACCGGUGUGUGAGUUAUAUUUUGCUUUAAAAAAAACAAAAACAGAGUGAUCGAAUUGGACAUGUACCGUUAACUUUAAUGGUUUAGACGAUAUGACAUCUGAUUGGCUGAAUUCAUUCAAAUAUUUUAUAAAUAAUGCUGGAAGGGACGGCGUUUGCGAUUCUAUAAAAAGGUAUCUACUUUGUCACAGAGAUGAUCAAGUUCUUUCUUAUCGUUAACAAGCAAGGGCAGACAAGGCUGUCAAGAUACUAUGAGCGCUUGGAUGUAGAAAGAAGGUCUCAGCUGGAAUGCGAGGUUAUCAAACUAUGCCUCUCUCGGACCAAAGAUCAGUGCUCCUUCCUAGAGUACAAGGCCUGUAAGCUGGUGUAUCGUCAGUAUGCAGCAUUAUUCAUUGUGGUGGGAAUAGAUGAGUCGGAGAAUGAAAUGGCAGUGUUUGAACUCAUUCAUAAUUUUGUGGAAGUUUUGGACAAAUAUUUCAGUAGAGUGAGCGAGUUGGAUGUAUCCUUUUAUUAUAAUAUUCAGAGAGACUGGAAAGCUGCCAAUUUUCAGUUGACUUAUGAUUAGCGCUGCAGAACUUCAUCGUGCUCUACAAAUACCUGAUAAUAAUAAUAAUUCUGUUUUGGCCCUGAAA